AUGUCCUCGACGUGGAAAAAGAGACUCGCGGCCACUGUUUCACGUAGCAAAGCAGGAAACAAUGACACACCCUCUGCUUCCAUUACUCGCGCACCCAACUCGCUUGCUUUCGUCGAAGACAAUCCGUUUGUCGACGAUGAUGCAUCAGAAUGGGACCCAAUCAUCACAGAGGAUGUAGUCAUACAUUUCAAGUAUGAUGUCGCCAAUCCGCCUCAACGGCCAGACCAGCUGGACGUGCCUGCAGACACGGGGCCGGUAGGGAGUGGAGACUCCCAAUGGACGAGAUUUAUUUGCAUCUCGGAUACUCAUUGCAAUACGUUUGACCUUCCGCAAGGGGACUUCUUGCUACAUUCUGGAGACCUGACCCAUACAGGAAGAGCGAAACAAGUACAAGGAACAAUGAAAUGGCUCAAAUCCCAGCCGCAUCCUCAUAAAAUUAUUAUUGCGGGAAACCACGAUCUAACUCUCGACCGUGACUUUUAUCUGGAACAUGGAAGUCGAUGGCAUCGCCAACAGACCGAGGACGUGGAAGAGAUUAAAAAGUUUGUGGAGCCCCAGGGCGACACGACCUUUCACUACCUGGAAUACGAAAAUAUGACCAUUACUGAGGGUGGGGCCACAUGGAAAGUAUAUGGGAGUCCGGGGAGCCCUUGGUUCGGAGGAUGGGCAUUCAACUAUGAGCAGGGAGAAGCCCCAGAACUGGUCAGCAGGAUUCCGGACGAUACGGAUAUCCUACUUACUCAUGGGCCUCCCUCUGGAAUCCUUGACGAGACGACGCAGGGGCAAGAGUGGGAUGUCGCGAGCUCUGGAAGAAAGUACACAAGAGGAGCUGUCGUCAAAUACUGGGACGAGGAAGAUGCGACUGGAACACCCGUGACCGGAGACCUAGGCCAGAGGCGAUUCACCGUGUUUGUCAACGCCGCAACAUAUCCGACAUACAAGCAUCCGAGAGAUACAGCAAAGGGACAGAAGGAUAUCAUUACCCAGCCAUCAUUGUCGAUAUACGGAGCGAAUAACUUUAUUGACCAUUAA